CCUAAUAAUACAACUUAUAUCAAAAAUUGGACCCUUUUAUUUUUUGUACAAAUUGAUACCACUAAUUCAAAAAGAUUCCUAAAAUACCCCUAAAAUUAAAUUUCACUCAUUCUCUCUGACUUUCCCUCUCUCUCACUUUCCCUCUCUCGCUCUCUCUCUCUGACUUUCCCUCUUCACAAACCAGAAACGUCGACCUCGACCCAUCUCCACCACGAACCAGGAACCCGUAAACCCCAAACCCCCAAACCAGCAAACCCAUCUCCGUCGACCAUCUCCACCACGAACCCAACAAACGAGGCGAACCCAACCCACGAGCAGGACCCGUCUCUCUUUCUCUGCCUAUUGCUCUCGACAUUGGAACCCAACCCACCCACACCCACGGCCGACAUUGGAACCCAACCAAUUUUCAGAGGUCGUAGCCACGAAAACCAGAACAGAGGUCGUCCCCAAAACCACGAACAGUCAAAGAUGGCUCCCAGACUCAUUAUUCCAGCACCCGAGCAUUUCACUGGCCGCGUCACAUAUAGGGGCACUGGAAUUUUUGCAAAAAUUAAAGCUCGGUUUGAGGAGUUCAACCUUAACAACACGGCGAAGGAAAGCCGUUUCGGGAGCUUCUGGAAUGCCGUACCACUGACAUUCUCCUCGGUGUUAUUUCACCAGCUGAUGCUCCACAAAAUGAAAGUGGAUGCUCAGGAGGAGUUGAGGAUGAGGUUUUAUGUUGGUCGGAAGGAGGUCCGAUUCGGGGUGCUGGAGUUUGCACUCAUUACGGGUUUGGACUUCUCCUCGGGGCCAACAGAAGAGGAGAAGGCUGCGCAGGUCGCGCGCUCGGGGUCAGACCGAUUGAUCAACAAAUAUUUCAACCGGUCUGAUAGUGUGAAGACAGAAGCACUCCAACUUCAGUUCACAAACUGCCAGAACCCGGAAGACUUGUACAAGCUCGGCUUGUGCUUGUUUGUGGAGUCAGUGCUUCUGGGCCGCGAGGCCAACGCGCUGAUCACGCCUCACAUACUUAGAUAUGUGGAAGACCUCGAGUUCUUCUUCCGGAUUCCUUGGGGGAAGCACUCAUUCGCCAGACUCAUGCACUCGCUUCAGAAAGACAUGUUGAAACAGAAGGCCAACUACGAGAAGAAGCUGAGUUCGGAUGUUCAGCACGAGUGCAAAUACACAGCAUAUGGCUUCGCACCUGCAGUCCAAUAUUGGGCGUACGAGGCCAUUUUGGAGGUUGGCAAGAGGUAUGGCACGAACCACGGGAUUCGGUUCCCCAGGAUGCUUAGCUGGACGAGCAAAGGCGAUAUUGGGAAGAAAGACGUCAGCGCAUUAUUUUCUAGACGGAAUCUGGAAGUGGUGAAGGGGCUACUUCCACGGACAGAGGAGGAGGCAUUUGUGAGGACAAUUUCUUACGAUGGUGUGGAGAACUCCGGUUGA